GCGCUGUACCACGCACCAUUCUUUGCAUUAAAGUUUCCGUUCCCACAGCAUAUUCCCCGUGGUGGGAAUUGCAAAGGUCAUUUGUUGGUAGUGGGUGCCUAUUUCUUUGAUCCCAUCGCCCGUACAAAAGAUCAAGUGUCUCGCUGGUUAAAUGAAUUUCAGUGCCGCUGCUACCUGAACGGAUUGAUCUCGGCACGAUUCCUUCCGCACCGGUGUUCCAGUAAGAGUUAUACAUCUGUAACUGCCCGUAUCAGAAUGGGACACUCAAAUAUCAACCGGGGGUUAAAAUAUUGCGUGGCAAUAUUCUUCGCCACAUCGAUGAUCAUUGGCGUAGGACUGGGUGGCGGUGCGAUCUAUGUUAAGCAUCGGUUUGCCGGCGGCACGGAAGUGGGAUGGACGGUGUGGGUGGCAAUUUUGUGUGGCGGGACACUAGUAUUAGUCGGCAUAAUCGGAAUAGCCGCGGUCAAACUGGACAGUCUGCUGAUCCUGGUGGUAGCCACAACAUGCUUGGCGGUAGUAUGUGCCGCUUUCGUCGGUUUUACGAUUUAUGCACAAGUGGAAUUAAACAAUGCCGGUCGGGAAGUCGGACAAGUGCUCAAGUUGGCCAUGCAGCAUUAUGAUCCCAGCGAUAAACAAACAACAUUAGAUUUGGACAUUUAUCAAAAGCAGCUUUACUGUUGCGGUGCGGAUGGUCCGGAAGAUUGGUUAACCACACCUUACAGAAAACUGCCCAACUCUUGCAAAGGUCCCCCGCCGCGAACACUGGGCUGUACUCAGGUGAUAUCCAGCUAUGUAAAAAAUACCGCUUCCUACGCACUGCGCGCAUUAGCUGCCCUAACAGGAUACCAUUGUGUCGGACUGGUGUUAUGCUCGGCGCUGACCUAUGUGUGUUACCGAAAGGGACUAUGAAAUCACAAAGUACAGGAUAGCCAUCCAGCCAAACAAACUGCAAUAAUGUGAUAGCAUAUUGAUUUAGAAUUUGUAAAGCUGUUAUGAUGUUAUCCAACCGGCAUCGGCCAUGCGCAUAAAAAUUUUUGGAGUUGAAGUAAAUGAACCCACUUAGGACAAACGCGAUGCUAAAAUGCACGUAGCGAUGCCGACAUAAUGUGAUCUGUUUACUUACAUCUUGGUGCUUGCAUGCGAGAGUAACAAAGCAAAUUAAGGUGACUCCUUUCUUGUCAUGUUCUGAACUAGAAGUCUCAGUUCAUUGUACUAUUGGGGUGGUGUUUCCCGUUAAUUU